AUGGCUACAAAUAUAUCAGAUGAUUGUUCACCUCCCGUUGAUUUUAAUUUAUCAUCAGAAAUUGACGAAAUAAAAGACAAAAAUAAUGGUGUUCGUGAAAAGUGUUUACUAUGUAAUAAUUUAAGGACUACAUUUUAUUGUAAAAUAUGUGUUGCGAACGGAGAUUUUUAUAGUUCAACUCUGCAAAAUCCAGUACUUGAAAAAUAUGAAAUUAAAACUAAAUUGCAAUCCGAUAUAAAUCUGUGCAGAGGAAGGAUAAAAUUAUUAUUGCAAUUAAUCAAGAAAAAAAAUGAAGUCAUUAAAAAAACAAAUAAAGAAAUUGAAAUGGUCAGAGAAAAAAAUGCUGCGAGAACUUUGAGAUUGCCUAGAAACAAAGAAAGAGUAGAAAAACUUGAAUACUACGUAGCCAAUAAUAUGAAAGCUGAAAUCAGGCAUAGAAGAAACAAAGUUGCCAAGGCGGAAAUGGAACUGAGAAAAUUGGUUCAAAAAAAUGUCAACGACUUAAUUAGUUACAUUUUUCCCAUAAGUAAAAUCGAUGCCAUUUCAAAGAGUACGGAAGAGCUGGAAUCUACUGAUACCGUCACGGCCCUUGCAGAAGCUACCCGAACAUCCUACGUGAGAGGAAAAUGGGUGUUUAUGGACUCGACGGGUGAUCUUCAUUACCGUAUCGUCGCACCCACAUUACCAGGUUCCGGUGAUUAUUCCGCGUAUUCCGAUUGGGUCGCCGCAAACAAAAACAAUCAUCCGGGAAAUGAAAAACUAAAUGAAAAUCAAGCAUAUAACAUUAGUGCUGCGCUUUGCUACACGGCGCAGUUGGUUAACUUGUUAGCCUUUUACUUGGACGUUCUUUUGCCCAAUAGAUUAACCUACUCCGAUUUUUACAGCACCGAUAUAAGCGAUAGUAAAUUUUAUAAAAAAAUAUCAAAGUUAAACAUAAACAUCCUUUAUUUAUGCUUUUCCCAAGGGAUCGACACUUCUCUCCUCAAUCCCAAACACACGUUGUGCAAUCUUUUACAUUUGGUGAAUCAUUCGAACCUCGGAAGAACGGAACCCUUUGAAAUAGAUUCGACUUUGGUUUUUUCGCUGGAGAAUUUCAGCGCGGAUUUAAAAUCGAUUGACGAUUGUUGUUCCGAAGAUGAAGAUAACGACGUGCCAUCAGAAUGGGAAGCCAUACCUUUAGUUCCUUGUCCCGAAAGCAGUCCGGGUCCGAUUGUUUUUUCAACUCAACAAAUGCCAAGCAUGCAAGCAACGACGAGUAUGGCCGGCGACACGAUUAAAUCCCUUUUGUCAUGUUUUGAAACGGGUUUGAAAACGGAUAUGGAUAACAUAUCAAACUAUUGGAAAAAUUCAAUUUACGAAUUAGGAGCGGAAGUGUUAAAUAAUGCUUUCGAUAUGGAACCUAAUUUAGAAAAAAUUAUAACAACAUUUUUAGAAAAAAUUAUCGAUUCGAUAUUAAAUGAUGAUGAUGAUUAUGAGUCAAAGAAUUUCCAUAAAGAAUCAAAAGCGGAAUUUAUCGUUUUAUUUUGCCAGAGGAAAAUUUUCCAAAGAAACGUCAUCAAUCACGUGAUAACUAAAAUAAAAAAUAUAAAAAAAAUGAAAAUCUCAUCGGAUUUAAAUGAUAAAUUGAAAUUCGGACGCUACGUUAAAAAUUCUUAUUACUUGUUGGAAAUGAUAAAAAAAUUAUUACUCGUUUAUAAAUUUCGUUACGGCGAUGAAAAAUUACAAAUGGCGUCCAAUGAUAACGAUAGUAAAUUGGAAAAUUAUAACGUUUUGAAUAUUUGGAAAAAAAAAUGGAAUCCCGGCGAAGGGAUUCAAAGUUAUGAUUAUUCGUUAAAUAAUUCGAAUGUUUCCGAGUCUUUCGAUGAGAAUAAAUGGUGCGACGAUUUAGACGACAUUUUAAUUUUUUCCAUCGAUUAUUUUCCGAUACUAUCGAAAUCUCUCGAACAAUGUUCAGAACUUGCUAAAGAUAUUGCGUCAUUUCCCAUACGACGUCACGAAUUUCAUGAUUUUCCGAAUGUGAUGAUGGAUAAUUAA